CACACACACACACACACACACACACACACACACACACACACAAACAUUCAGAGAGCGUUCUCAUCUUACUAUCAAGACCAAUCAGACAGAGAGCCAUGAGCCCUGAAGCGGGUAAAGUUGAGGUGACGGCUGCCAGCAAGGCUCCGGUCCGUGGUCCUGCUGGUCCCGGGGGCUCGGGCCCGCCAAAGUUCAAGCAGAGAAACACCCGCCAGUUCAAGAGCAAGCCCCCAAAGAGAGGAGUCAUUGGGUUUGGCGAGGACAUUCCUGGAAUGGAGGGCUUGGGCAUGGACAUCACGGUCAUCUGCCCGUGGGAGGCUUACAACCAUCUGGAGCUGCAUGAACUGGUGCAGUACGGGGUCAUCUAAGAGUAGCUCAACCCCCGCCUGGUAUUACCCUAACUCAUUCACCUCUUAACCUCUCACCUUCCCCAAGCAUCACAAUAAAUGUAUUCACUAACAUGUAUAUGUAAGAUGUUUCGGUCAGAAAUCUCAUCUUAAUCUGUUUUUCUGUGCUGUCACAUAUAGCCUUGUAUCCCCACAGCUACCUCCAUAACGUGAAUGUAUUACUCUCUUCCUGAUACACAAACCAAUAACAAAGAGGGGUUUGUUUUAGAGAUGCUCUAAACUCAAAACUGGUCUAUUUGUAGCUUAUUUCUCCUCCUUGUUGUCUCGUCCCCUUUUCAGCAUUUUUGGAGAAUGAGCGUAGACUGAGAACACGUCGUUCCCUGGCCCUCUGACUGUUUUGCAUUAUCAGCCGUGACGAUGUUUGAUUUAUGUCCGUAAACAUUGUGCGUGUCUUUUAUAUCUGAAUACACUUCACAUGUGCCACUUCUGAAGGAUCGGCUUGCACUGAUUAACAUGUAAAAAUCGAAUCCAAAGGUCUCGCCAUCAUAGGAUUACUUAGGUCUGCCCAAGGGCAGAUGCAGUACAGCUUUCCUUUUCAUACAACAGGCUUCGCAUUUUUUAAGUGCUUGUUCAAGCUGCCAUGUUUUUGUCUUGUCCAUGCUGUGUUCAGUGUUGUGACUGGGAGCAGCUCAGUACUGGGAGUGUGGAGCUCGGCUCAGGCUAUCAGCCUUAAAACGCCUGUGUGUGAGGAGGGGCACCAGAGUGACGCAUUCUGAGUGCACUCAGGCUGUGUUUGAUAUGUUUUUUUUGCGGCACAGUCACCAGGAGCACU